AUGAUAAUCGGAUUGUUUGUUGCAAACAGCCUGACAGGGCAAAUGGUGUCCAGAAUGACCCGGACGAUGCCUGUGUCGAAGAUGGAGCACUUUGUAUUUGACUUUAUAAGCUCGGGGGCAUCUACAAACGGGGUUUUGACUAGAAGCUUUUACAAGUAUGUUUACAAUGUAAUUGAUUCGACCUACUAUGUUGCGAUUACAAGCAUAGGAUACAACAAUGUAAAGGCACAGAGGAUUCUGGACCUCUUGCAGAAGAACACGGAUGGCGAAGUGAUUGAUGUCUUGGUAACGAUAGACAACAUUCUUUAUGGACAAACAACCUUUGACUCGAACAUCACUUUGAUAAAGGACAUGGACAGCCAGGAGGAAAAGAUCCAUGAGAUGAUGAUGAAAAACAAGAGUAAGGAGCUUAUCCAGAAGCAGAAGGAGUUCCAGAAGAGGCCUGUUUCAGACAUUGAUCGAGAACUUGAAAGAGUAAAGAAUCUCGAGAUAGAGAUGAGAAACGAAAGCAUACAACAGCUCAAGAGUAUUGUGAAGACAAACAGUAAUCCUGUAAAGGAGAAGAGAAGGGCCUUGGAAACAUCAUUGAGCCCAGUAUUCAUUGUGUUCAAGGAAAGGCUUAGGAUGGAGAUCGACAAAGAAAACAACAUCAAAAGCGGAGAGGUUCAGGGAGAUAUGAGCAUUACUAUAAAGGAGGAGGAGUAUAGAGACAUAGAAAUAAAGCUUGGAAAUGUAGGGAAGGAUGUGAAGUUUAGCCCAAAUCUGAACAAGUCUAUGUCUGGGGAAGGAAUACUCAGAUGUGAAAAGGGAUUUCCUAUUGAAAAGAAUGUGGCUCUUGUGAAGUGGAAAAGCUCUGAUGUUCGAGAAGCACCCAUUACAGUCACGUUCUGGCCCAGUGAGACGGGUCUGAAUGUAUACCAAAUAAUGUUUGAAUAUACUGCAGAGUGCAAUAUGAAGGACUUAAGCAUCUUCUUUUCUAAAAGCAAGGUUUCGAACGUCUCAAUCAAUGGACCAGCAAGAGAAAGGGAUUCUCACAUAGAAUGGAACAUAGGGGAUGUUGAGAAAGGCUCUUCGGAUACCUUGGAAUUUAGCUGCACAUGUGCGGAUCCUUCCGAAGUUUUUCCUUUGGAGAUAUACUUUACUUCCGACUUUGUUUUCACAAAUCUGUUUGUGGAGAGAGUGGUGAGAAAGGGGGAGGAGAUUGACGAGGUAGAGAUCAAGAAAGUGUUUGAAGUUGAUAAGUUUAGUGUAGUUGAUGAGUAA